UCUUCAUUCCCACAACAUUCAUACAUUCACAAAUCACAGAAAGAAGAAAAAACCCAAAAGAGGAGAGAGAAAAUGUCAGGAAGAGGAAAGGGAGGUAAGGGUUUAGGAAAGGGUGGCGCAAAGAGGCACAGAAAGGUGUUGAGAGACAACAUCCAGGGUAUCACUAAGCCUGCUAUUCGUAGGUUGGCUAGAAGAGGUGGAGUGAAGAGAAUUAGUGGUUUGAUUUAUGAGGAAACUCGUGGUGUUUUGAAGAUCUUUUUGGAAAAUGUUAUUCGUGAUGCUGUCACUUACACUGAGCAUGCUCGCCGUAAAACUGUUACUGCCAUGGAUGUCGUCUAUGCUCUUAAGAGGCAAGGUCGUACUCUUUAUGGUUUCGGUGGUUAGAUUUCGUUUUACUAGGGUUUGUUGUUAAUUAGGGUUUGUUUUAAUGGUAUAAUUUCAGUUAAUUAGGGGAAUCAAAUGAGGUUUGAAUCUCUGUAUUUGUAAUUGGUAAAUCAGUUGUUAUAUGAAAUAUUUUGAUCACUUUUGAUUGUGAUA